AGUUCCGGGUCCUGGAGGCACCGGGGAACUGCGGGCACCUGUGGGUUUUCCCUCAGUUAAUAUGGCUGCGACUAGUUAUUUGCAGGGACGGCUGUGAGCAAAGCAAGGCAGGGCCCUGCGAGGCUUUGCUUAUGUCUCAGCGAUGGCGCUUCAGCCGCGGUUCUGGAAAUGUCUGUCCGUUUGCAGGAACUUGGAGUGUGGGGUCGCAGCCCUCUCCACCAGUUCCACGCCAGCGGUGCAGCCCGACGUGGAGACUAAGGGAAACGAAGCUGUGGCCCCAGAGUUCACCAACCGGAACCCUCGGAAUCUGGAGCUCCUAGGUGUAGCCAGGAAAGAACGGGGCUGGGCGACAGUGUGGCCCAGUCGUGAGUACUGGCACAGGUUGCGGGUCAUAAAGACUCAGCAUCAUAUAGAAGCACUGGUUGAGAAUCUUACUGGCCAGGUUGUGGUCUCGGCAUCCACUCGGGAAUGGGCUAUUAAGAAACACCUUUAUAGUACCAGGAAUGUGGUGGCUUGUGAGAGUAUAGGACGAGUGCUGGCCCAGCGGUGCUUAGAAGCUGGACUCAAUUUCAUGUUCUACCAGCCAGCCCCUUGGGAGGCCUCCUCAGACUCGAUAAAACGUCUAAAAUAUGCCAUGACAGAAAGUGGCGUGAUGCUUCGGGAGCCUCGGAGAAUCUAUGAAUGAAAUAGAACUAUUAACUGCUUUGAAAGUAUAAAUAUGAAACUGUCAGCUACUAUAGCCACCAAAAGAAGAAAGAAAGGAAAGUGGGAGGAGAGCCAGACCGAAAGCUUCAUAGUGAUAAUGUGACAGAGAACAAUGAUUUAAAGUUAGCCUCUUCCCACUUCUGUGUGUGCUUGUGUGGUUUUGUUGUCUUAAUGAAGGGCUAACCUUGCCCCAUUCUUGGAUAAGAGAAGUACUUACGGGAAGCAGUCACCAGUUAUAGCCAUUGAAGAAAAAAUUAAAACAUUAAUAACAAACUGAA